UGGCGGACCGAGGAGUCCGAGCCAGAAACAGCGAUACCGAGCCAGGAGGAGCGAGGACGCAGAACUUCCCAGAGACCGGCGUCAACAUCCCACCAUGGCUGUUAUCUACAGGAGGAGAGCCCUUGUGGUCUGAGGAGAUACCACUGCCUGGAGACUGUGGUCUUAACCUCCAGCCUGGUGCUGAGCUACCUGCAACCUAGUAGGGGGUGACCUUGGCUCCCAGCCUGACUCAUCUGAGCCUGGAUCCUACAUGUAGGCAACAGCCAACUCUGAGCCCUGGCCCAGCCAAGCUGACCCCUGCCCUAGCGCCUACGCACUGGAUGGAGGUGAUCCUGAAUGCCAGCCCAGCUGAGCUGCCUCUGGAUCUGGCAUGCCAGCCAGAGUUGACCCUGAGAUCCAGCCUGACCAAGCUAACCCUGGAUCCCACACGUCAGCCAGAGCUGACCCUGAGCCCCUGGCUAGCUGAGCUGAACCUGGAUUCCACACGGCAACCAGAGAUGACCCUCAGACCUGGCCUGGCUGAGCUUAAUCUGGAUCCUGAAACACAGCCAGAGGAGACCCCAGCCCCCAACCUGGCUGAGUUGACCCUGGAGCCUGUGCACUGCCGACCAGAGCUCCUGGAUGCUUGUGCCGAUCUCAUCAAUGAGCAGUGGCCCCGCAGCCGUGCCUCCCGCCUACACUCCUUGGGCCAGUCCUCAGAUGCCUUCCCCCUCUGCCUGAUGCUGCUGAGCACCCCACACAUGCCCAAAGCAGCACCCAUUGUAGUGGGCCAUGCCCGCCUCUCACGGGUGAUGGACAGGCCCCAGAGCCUUUUAGUGGAGACAGUGGUGGUGGCCCGGGCCCUGAGGGGCCGUGGCUUUGGCCGCCAACUCAUGGAGGGCCUGGAGGUCUUUGCUCGGGCCCGGGGCUUCCGCAGGCUACACCUCACCACCCAUGACCAGAUGCAGUUCUAUGCCCACCUGGGCUACCAGCUGGGUGAGCCUGUGCAGGGCCUGGUCUUCACCAGCCGACGGCUGCCUACGACCCUGCUCAGUGCCUUCCCCAGGGCCCCUUCUCCCCAGCCACCGUGCAAGGCCCCAAACCUGAUGGCCCAAGUUGCCCCAAGGGGCCCCAAGGGACCUCCAUUGCCACCACCCCCUCCCCUGCCUGAGCCCCUGACCACCUCACCCCCAACUCCAUCAUGGAACCCUCCAAAAAGCCUGCUAGAGACACAAUACAAAGACCUGAAGGGAUGCCCCAUAUUCUGGAUGGAGAAAGACAUCUGAGGGCCACCCAAGGCAAGGGACUGCUAUUCUGGGUCAGUGGACUGCCUGGGACGGUACUGGCCUCAGCCCCCUGGCCAUACCUCAGCCCCUAGCCCCUGGGGGGCAGCUUUAGCCUAGGCGUGUUUCCUGGGUACCAGUGGGUCCAGGAGGUAGCUCCAUAGCUCUGGCUCAGAGCCAUCAGUGUGGCUGAAUAAAGGCUUCUGUUGGGUG